UUCGAGCCGUUUGUUCGUCCAUAUUUUUCGCAGCGCCCGCAAUUCGCCAACUAUUCUCUGUUUCUCCGUGGCCUGGCGUUUCCGUUUCCGUGUCAUCAUUUCAUUGUUGCACUGUGCGUGUGUGGUGCGUGCUAUUGUUUUCUUUCGUUCGUGUUUUCGACCGUUCGCCGGACGGGUGCCGUUGCGAGGAUAAACCGCACGGAACGCAGCAUCGUCUCCUACGACGUAUCGAUUGAGUGUGUGUUCUUUCUUGCAAUUUCCGUUUUCUUCGCUUUGCGCUCGGAACAGUGCACACUUUGUUUCCGCCCGGUGCGAAACCAUUUCCUGGAAUAGUAGGCCUUGAAGCUGAAGAAGGAAGUUCGGCAGCUUGUGCGUGUGCUUGUGCGAAGUGUGCUGCUUCCGGUUGUCCAGUUCUCGUUUAAUCACAACAGUGUGUGUGCGUGUGUGUGUGUCUGUUUGUGUCGCGCAAUCAAAGGAUUCAUCAUCGUCAUCGUGUCCGCUCGGUCACCGUCUGAAUAUUCCGGAUCGUUCUUAUCACUCAGGCGAGGUGCGGGAUUACUGGCGAAAACGGCCCACUGAAGGCUGUGACCCAGAGGUGCGAGAACGAGAGCAAGAGUAGGAACCACAGUAGUACCGACGCGAGACCAGCCCUGUGCCCAGACCGCCAUCGUCAUGUCUACGGAAAAGGCAGUCAACCCGGCCGAGGUGGAGCAGGAGGAACACGAUACCAACUACCAGCCACCGCCACAGAAGACGAUCGAGGAAAUAAUGGCGGCCGACGCGGAGGACGAAAGUUUGCGAAAGUACAAGGAAGCGCUGCUCGGGCAGGCUCAGGUGGAAAAGAUUAUUUUCGACGAUUCCGAUCCGCGGAAAGUGAUCGUGAAGAAGCUAGCCCUCGUUGCCGCUGACCGCGAUCCGAUGGAGCUCGAUCUGACGGGAGAUUUGACGAAGCUUAAAAAGAACGUGUUUGUUAUCAAGGAAGGCAUCCAGUACAAGAUUCGAAUCGAUUUCGUUGUCCAGCGGGAGAUCGUGCACGGGCUGAAGUAUGUGCAGAAAACCUACCGAAUGGGAGUGCCAGUCGACAAAAUGGUACAAAUGGUCGGUUCGUAUCCACCAAAGAAGGAAAUCCAGAGCUACACGACCCCGUUCGAGGAGGCACCCUCCGGCAUGAUGGCCCGCGGUACCUACUCCGUCACGUCCCUCUUCACCGACGACGACAAGAACGAGCACCUCAAGUGGGACUGGAGCUUUGAGAUAAAAAAAGACUGGCAGUAAAAUGCAAAAUCAUCCAAAAAUCAGCAAACAAGCUAAAGGAAAACAGGAACACAAAACAAAAAUCACACACAAACAAUACAAACAACACUAUAUAACACUACAUUUACUAGAGGCGUAGCGUAUCCGCCGGUCCGAGGCGGGCCGGGCGAGUGAAGCGAAGAAGAAGAAACCUUUGUGAAUUAAAAAGCGCAUCUCCAUUGGUCGCCGCUGCACGAGCGACACCAUGCAGCGGAAAGGGGUCAGAUUUACGCAAGUGAACGCUCUGCUGUGAGAUGUGAUGCUGCUAAUUGAAGUUGCGCAUGGGCUAUCCUGCUAAAAGUUUAUGAUUUGUCUUCUCCGAUUCGGAUUAGCUGGAUUUGCUGUAAGCACGAUUUUACAUUGAAAAGCUCGAUAGCAACGCUUAUUACCUCCCUUGUACAGUUUAGAGGAAGAUCGAAUCGAGGAUCCAGAGGGGAAAGCAUUUCAGAAAGAGUUUCUUGAAGAGCGUAGCCAUUGCCUUAAGGUUUGGGAAGGUUUUUCAUGUAUUAGAUGCAUUUUAGUUUUGAUCUUGCUCACAAUCCCGUAUGGCGGUAGCGCAUUUAGGUAGCGCGUGAUCAGUCCCUCGUUCGCUUUCCGUGCCUGUUUUGCUGCUUACGCCCUUUUAUCUAAAACCCGCGUCCGUUUCUCCGUUUCGUAUAUUAUAAUCAAACCGAACAUGAUAAAGGUGCUUCAAAAGCAAUAAAAAUGAUGAUGACGAGAGUAAUGGACAGCAAAUCGCCGGCCUUCCGGCUUGAAAAUUAUUGUAACUCUGGAAAGUAUUGUCAUGAAAACCUUAAAGCGGGUAGCAACAAGUGAGUGUGUACGCCAACCGAACGGUUACGUCGCAGCCGGAAAGUUAGACGUUAAUAUAUGAACAGACGAACCCACAAUCCGGAUGUAUCAAUCACCAACGCGCUCAUACGCACUAAAGAGAUACGCCAAUAUAACGCUUGAUUCGUAUUGUGCCGUGGCUUGUGCUUAAGCAAACCCCUCUUUUCCUUUGGAACACAGUACGGAAUGGAACCCAAAGCGUGAGGUGGUUAACCGUGGUCGCACGCAAUGCUUAGAAGACGAUGAGAGGAUCCAGUUGACGCGUUUCCGUUCGCGCGAAAUACUGUACCGCAGAUGAUAAGAAAACAAUAAACUCUAACGUGUGUGAUAAUUAUGGACGCUCCCCCGGUUCGCUCCCGCCAUUUGUUGCAAGUAGUGCAUCGUAAUAUUAAAGAAAAUGGAUCGCGAAAAGAAAAAGAAGAAAGCACUGAAAUAGGGGCACCCAAUGUACUGAUAAUGAAGAAGCCGUGAUCCAUGAUGUUUAUACUAAACGAAACGAUGUGUACCGGAAAAAGUGCAAUGAAAGAGCAUGUAGCGAACAGCUUCGCGGCGCCACCAAGCCCCUUUCAGUCUCGGAAUGCACUAUACACAACACAACACGGUUCCUGGUGUGAUUCAGUUCCUUUACAACAGCAUUCAUAAUCACGUGACGAUCGAAGUAUAGCCGGCGAUCGCUAUCACUAGCAACACACCCUAUUUUUGUGACAGUUUUCUACAUCAAUUUCAACAUAUUACUGCGUGACCCGACAAAGAGAGCCGCGUGGAGGGAAGGGAGCGGCCGGCAGCAUUAUUAGCGAUCAAGUCAAAAUUGCUUGCGAAGAUAAAAGCGUUUAUGAAAUCCAUUUUUACACAUAUGUGCGCGCCUUAGAUGUAGCCGAGCGAGCAAAUUUAAUACGAAACAACGCAGUCUAGAAGCAACAGGAGCUGUCGGGAUCGUCGGGAUCACACAACAAGCAGGCCCCAGACAGACGGGCGCCGGGACAGCUCGGACGUCGAAAGAGUGCUCCAUUUUCGGCGAUCCUUAGUUUUUUGAUCAACAAUGUGUGUGCUCAAUUUGUUCGUUCAACGGUAUUAGACGGAGGAAAAUGGAAAUUAUAAUAAAAAAACCCGUGGUCAGUGGAACGCUCGUGUCCACGACAUU